AAUAAUUGAAGAAAAAGAAUUGUACACUGUGUUUAUUAUUCAUCCGGCUAAGGGCUUGCUUUUGUCGGUUUAAAAAUCGACCCAGCAAAGUUUUACCCACAGGUCAGCUGACGAGGCAUCAUGGCGGUCGAGUGAUCGUGUUCUUCGCGUCUUGUGCGGAAUUUUUGCCGAAGUUGAUCGAUUUUGGACUCAACGACGGUGUUGCUUGUCACAGGAUCGUCAUAACAACACAGGGCACCAGUGCAGAUCACACAGUGGGCAGCGUCAGGAGAAGCAUGGCUCACCGAGGCUCUUACGGAGGAGGGGGACAGGGCCAGUACACGCCGGGGCAGCCGGGGUACAGUGGAGGGUACCAACAAGCCACGCAGGACCGCAUGAGCAGGGCACAGAGCCUGUCUCAACAGGAGAGGCUCAUCGAGCUGAAGAAGAAGGAGAUUGAGAAGAGGAUGGCAGAACAGAAGAAGAAGGCGGAAGAAGAGAGGCUGAAGAAACUGGCCAAACUAAAGGGAAAAGCAACGUCCAGCCAGAGUGCCCCACCUCCUGUGCGGGUUUCCCCCAGCCCCUCCAGUGUGGUCAACAAGUUUGUCAACGACGGAAGCUUCAUGGAACAGUUCAUGAAGAUGCAGAAAAAGAAAACAGUCAAAAGAGAAGAAGACAAGAGCCAGGGAGGGGAUCCUGAAAAUGGCACAUCUUCCACAGAUAUAUCAGCUUCACAGACAGCAGCCGCAGCUGCUGCUGCCAAGCUUGCAUUCAUGGGCAAGAAGGCAACACCAUCAAUAACAAACUUUGUGUCUCAUAUGAAAAGAACUGAUAAACCUGCCACAUCCAUAUCACGCCCUGACGUGUUUGAAACCCCAGAACGUGAACCAGAACAACCCAGGAAGACGAUAUCAGUCUCUCCACCAGAGGAUCCGCAGACCCGGGAGGUGGUGGAGAAGCUGGCAGCCUUCGUGGCCGAGGGGGGGAAGCAGGUGGAGGAAGUGGCCAUUAAGAAGAACAAGGACAACCCUGCCUUUUGGUUCCUGUACGAGCCCAACAGCCGUGCCUACAAGUACUACCGACAGAAGGUGCAGGAGCUGGAGGGGCAGGGCAGGAGGGACCUGGACGGGGAGGAUGCAGACACCGAGGGAGAAGGUGGAGACACAGCGCGAGGAGUCAAGAGGAAGAGGAAAAGUCGCUGGGGACCCCAGGAAUCAGUCGGUGCAGUCCCCCCACCCUCUGUGGUUAACAUCCCCGCCCCUGGAGUGGUACAGCCUGCUAUGCCAGGGGUGAGUGCACCUGGACUGGUCAGCAUGCCACAGCUGUCAGCCGCUCAGCAACAGAGUGGAAGUGGUUUAGGAGGAGCCGGCACCACAGCAGGGCCAGCCAAACAGUGGCCUGGCAGGAGGACAGAAGGCUCCCAGAUGUCCACGGCACAGUUUGUGCAGCAUCUGGAGGACUACAUCCAGUGGUCCCAGUCCAAGAACUUGUCAGCAGGUGCAACUGCGGCCGCCAACAUCAGUGGUGUGAACCCUGUAGGACUGAGGGGCACCUCCGAGCUGUCUGCAGAACAGCUGAAGCAACUCAAGGAACAGAAAGAGAUGCAGAUGAUGUAUAGCAUGAUCACUUCCAAGAGGAAGAAGGCAGCAGAGAACGCAGCCAAGGGGAAGUUCAAGUACGAGUAUGACUCAGAUGAGGAGACAGAUGGGGGAACAUGGGAGCACAAGAGGAGAGCCCAGGAGAUGGACAACACUUCUGAAUGGGCUGACAAACUGACCAACAUGAACAAGGGGAAGCACUUUAUCGGUGACUUCCUGCCUCCUGAGGAGCUGGAGAAGUUCAUGGAGAAGUUUAAGGCCUUGAAGGAGGGCAGAGACCCUGACCUGUCCGACUAUGCUGAGUUCAAACUUGGGGAGGACAACCUAGGUUACAAGAUGCUGCAGGCCAUGGGCUGGACAGAAGAGGCCAACAGGCUAUCGAGAAUGCCGGGUUGGGAGUGGACAAACCAUCCGAACUCUCUAAAGAAGACGAUGAGUAUGAAGCCUUCCGCAAACGUAUGAUGUUAGCCUACAGGUUCAGACCAAACCCUCUGAAUAACCCCCGACGGCCGUACUACUGAAGCUGAGGAGGAGAAGAUGUUGAUUUUGGUACAUCAAGAAAAUGUUUGUAUCUGUAAACUCUGGGGGGAGAUGCAUGGAACUUACUGCAGGAUCUGUAUAGGGACUACGUAUACACUGAUGAUAGUUUGGACUAAAAUCAUAUUAAAAAUUUUGAAUGUGGCAUAUCACAAGACUUAGUCUUUGUCAAAAUAUGCCAGGAUAAAAUGUUGGAUUCUCUUGAUCUCAUUCUACAUGUACUGUUUAUGACAACUUGAAUUGAUGAACUAAUGUGAGAUUGGCUAUAGGUACAUGGACAAUGUAGCACCUGGGGAACUUAAUUCUUAGUGUAAACAUUAUACAGAAUAAUAUCAAGUGCACAUAGAUGGUUUUCGCCACAAAUUUUGUAUUGUUGGGAGAUGGGAAAGCUAUUAUUGACGUAUAACAGAUUUCUGACGUUGUAUGCAUCUAUCUACUGUAUCAGACAUUAUGUACAUGUACUGGUAGCAGAUCUGGUGGAUUGUGUCAUUGAGUACUGAUUUUAGAAAUUUUUUUGUGGUGUAAGAAAGUUAUGUAGGAAAUGAUCAGCAGCUGAUGCAUUGUACCCUAGCUACCAGUAUGUAUUGAGUGUUGUAAAAUCUGAGGUCUUAGCCCCCAUUUUGUAAGCCUUUUUACUUUAAAUCAGAACAUUUGAAUCGUAAAAACGCAUCUUUGUAAGGGAAACAGAAUGUUUCAUUUCAUCUGAGUGUGUGUAAUACUGUCUCUCAAAAUGGGCAGUCUCCAUUUUCCAAAAUGUUGCCAUAUAAUGUACAUGUAGCUAGUAGUCUAAAACGGCUCAGCAUUUUCUGUGACAUAUCAGAUUAACAAAAAUUGUGUAGCACUUUUUUAGCAUUACGAUGUCAUCUCCAUUAAACUGUUAACUAAAACAAGUCAUAGGACACAUGUUAAAGGUAACGGUAAGGCACCGGGUGUAAAUGGACAUAAAUGUAGUUCUGUUUGACAAUGUAUGUAUGGUGUAAAGUGCACUUUGUAGACAUGUAAACAAGAUUUAGGCUGUAUGUGUAUGAGUAUUACAUUGUAAAGAUUGACACACAUUGUGCUAAGAUACCUGAGGCACAGGAUUGCUUUCAACUGAAUCUGAAACAGAACUGACAGUCUUCAUGCCAGUGGUACUGAAAUCCAUGUAUACAGUUGAGACAGCUACAUCAUAUAAUAUAGAUUCACUUUACUUAGAAUCUACAAGGCUCAAAAAAGGUGUCAGACUCUGUUACAGUAGUAGUCUUACAUGUACAGUAUGUCUUUGGUAGUCCUUUAUUCUUGGUGUUUUAAUUACCAUAUUCUCAGUCUAUCUCCAUGCUUCACACUCGUGCAGAACAGUGUCCUUUCUGUUUCAAUUCUGCUUGAUUAGUCAACAUUAAAUUUAAAACAAACAAGACAUCAUUAUGUGAUUGUAAGCAGUUGGCAGCAGAGACAGUGGCAUGCAGAUAUUGGUAUCGUACAUGUCAGCCACUGUCUUGCGUUUUUGAACAUCACAAUAUACUAUUGAAUGCUUGUCUAGAAAGACUUGUUGCAGAAUACAAUGUAUAUGUAUAUAAGGGGUGCAAAAAAUUGUACUGAAUCAGACUUCUCUCCAGUGCAUGCCAUCUACAUUGGGUCCAGUCAUAAAAGUUAAGGUGGCCUGGGCUGUACACAAGUUACAAGUGUUGCCUUGCAGGAAUGACUUGCCAAAUUGCUUUUUUCAAAUGUUGAAAGAAACACUAAACUAGACUCUCGUCUACUGCAGCUAUUUUCUUGAAUACUUAAUACAGAAUACAAACUGAAAGAAAAAGUUGGAAUAGGUUGUUUCAAUAUUUCUUGCUUUUCCAGAAGGAAGACUGAAUAUACCCCUUUCCCUUGAAUCCUUUUUUUAGUAAAUGUAAGAUUAAUUUUUCAUCAAACCCACAUUCUUGGUCAUACACUGUUUGUCUUAUGGCUUGCUACCCUUUCAUGACCCAAUGUAUUUUCUUAAAGCCUUGAUAAGCCUCCAUAUGUAAGCUCAUUAACUCAAUAAUUCUUGAUUGAUUAGAUUUUUUAAUGUCUCCUCAUUAAGAUUGCAAGUUAGCAUUUUGUUGACAUGUUAUAAGAAUUUUUACAUUUUUGCCUCUUGCUGAAAAAUAAAUGAUACCCAUGCAUGUCAAACUUUUGUUAAAGCAUUUUGUCUGAAAUUUUUGGACUUCAAAAUAAAGUUGUUGUGUCAGA